AUGUCGAGUUCGAAUCAAUUCUUUAUGAGAAAUGUCCCGACACCCUUUAAUCAGUUAAAUUCAUUGAAACAACAAUGUUCGAUCGACAAAAAUUUUUCAUAUGAUCCUAAACGAACAUGUGAACUACUUAAUGAUAAUAUCAAAGAACAUUCAUAUGCAAAAAUGAUUAUUGAAUCCUAUGAUACGUUGAGUAAGUCGCAAGCAAUCGAAUUCUUACAACAAGUAUCAUCAACUGAAUCGAAAUUAUCAUUACUUGAUGCUAUGAAAGAUAAAGUAACAUUUAGCAUUGAAGAAAUAAAUGAACUUGUACCAUCAACAGAUUCAUCAUCUUCUAAUGAUACAGAUUUAUCUUUUUAUGAUAAUCUUUCAUAUUUGAGUUUGUUAAUUCCACAACAACGAUGUCCUCAUAUUUUCACGUCGUUUAAUAAUGCUGCACAAUCAACAAAAACAUUAUCAAAUACAAAUAAACGAUCAUCAUUAUUACGUGGUUUAUUUAGACGAUAUUCAUCGAAACAAAGAGCACCCAUUGUUAAACAGUCAAUUAAAAAUUUUCAACGAGAAAAUAAAAAGAGAAGUAUUAGUGGUGGAGAUCAAGUUAAACUCUCACAUACUAAAUGUAUUCAUAUGGAACAAUCAUACCAAUCAAAACAUCCGUAUAACAUCAAUAUUCAGGAUAACAUUAUUGCCAAUCAAGAAAAUACUAAUAAUAAAAUACAACUCUCAUUGCAAGGUUUACAUUAUGAUUUUAAACAAAUAAAAGCUAUAUCAACUAUCAAUUCACCAGAAAUAAAACAAUUAUCAAAAGAUCCUUUGCUCACAAUACCAUUUGAUAGUCGUUCAUCAUUUGUAAAAGAUAAAUCCCUAUCAUCUCUAUCUGACCCAAUAUCAAUACGACAACAGGUCAAUGAACAAAAACAAAAUAUUCAAAGUGUACAUAGUGUUGGUGGUAUACCAAAAAUAACAACUACUAAUAGUACACUAGAGAAAACAUCAUUCAAUGCUAAUCAACAUAAAUAUUAUGCACAAACACCAAACUAUAAUUAUCCAAAACGUCUUUCAGCUAUUAAAAUACUUGCAAAGCAAUAUUCAUUACCAGUGGCUACACCAAAUAAUAUGGGACUUUUCUGGUAUAGUGCUAAUCAACAAACAAUGAAUAGAACUGUUCCAUUUUCUAAACAUGAUAAAAUUUCUAAGAAAAACAAUAGAUUCGAUUCAUCUUCCGAUAGUCGAGAUACUUCGUCUUCAUCUAGUUUAUCAUCGACUAGUAAUAGCACUGAGACAACAACCAAUAGUACUUCUUCGAAUUCGUCAAGUUCAACAACAACAGCAACAACAACAACAUCGAAUAGUCAAAAACCUAAUAAAUCUACUUCAACUAGUACAUCAUCAAGUUAUCAAUCUAAACAACAAACAAUUAAACUAACUGGACAAUAUAAUCGAAAUCAAAACGAUAGAGAUGAUUUUAUUCGAAUCGAGCUAAAUUCAAUCACGAGCCGAACGUCGACAUCAACUAAUACAAGUUUACAACCUUGUCAUCGACGAUCUAUUCCUCAAAAACAAUUGUCAAUCAUUUCAAAUAGUAUCACGACAAGCAAUAAUCAUAGUUCUUCAUCAACGUCAUCUACUUCAUCGUUAACUACGACUAAUAAAAAUAAAAAAUAA